GGAAGGACAUGGGAUGUACUCUUUCGGAGCUUGUUUACGGCACAACGCUUCGCUUGCUUUCGGAUUUUAUCAUCGAAUACAACAGCAAGCCAAACGAGUUAGAGACAAUAAAAGAACUACGUGGCAUCAUGCAAGAGCUACAACCCGUCGAUACUUCUUGGCAUACCCAACAAAACCGUUCGGUCACAGCAAGCUGGAAUCAAGCCACUAGUCGAAGUCAACGCCAGCAAAGUCAAGCCCUCGAUCGCCUAAAUCCCGCCUUCAUCGCACCAUCUACGGCUCUCUAGGAAGGGGGCGCUGUGGCGAAGUCACCCUAUGUGCAGUGCAACUCUGACAAAGGCUUAAAAAUGCAACUAGAAAAUAACUAAUCCGGCAACCCUUAUUUUACUAUUUCUUUUUUGUAAAGCUAAUAAUCUUUUCUGGUGCUAAUCACCAGGUGUGUUCGUUGUUUCCAAGUUGUUUUUUUUUAAUAUCAUAAAUAUUAAAUAAAUAAGAUAAUUAGACGGUAUACAUAUGUAUGUAAAUCAAAAAUUAACAAAUAAAAAAGGGUUCGAGUGUAAACGAUCAUUUUAUUCUCUGCCGACUUGCAAAGAUCGAAGGCGGUGCUUUCAGAUGCUGAAAAACUUUAUGACAAAAUAUGUUGCAUAAGAAUUCAACACAUCUUAUUCGAAGAAACGGGAUGAAUUACAAUUAGAUUUGGUAUCUAAUUUACAUAUAUUAUUGGUCAUGGUUAUAGUCUGAUUUUUUAAGCGGAAGAUAGAUUUUCUAAAGACCAAAAUUUUGCAAAGUUUAAUUAAAAUAACACCAUUAACUCUUGGUUAAUAAUCUGUAAAAUGUAGAAGUAAAAUUUAAUUUAAAAUUUUUAUAAUUACAUAUAUGGCAAAUGGUGUGAAUAAACUACGAUUAUGCCCAAAUUUAUAACGUGAAAUAUGAGUUUAAGGAUAACCUUAUGCCCUAAAUUUAGUUAAAAUUGGUUCAGUAGUUAUUGAGAUAUGGGAUUUCACCUAAAGGUGCGCGGUGCCACACCGAUUGUGUAAUUUUGAUACGGAUCCUAUGAAGGAUAUAUAGUUAUAGUUAUAGUUUUGUAUCUUAACUUUCGGAUUAGUUAUGGGGUUUUAUAAGUUUUUGCUUAACGGUGUUUUGUGGGACCGAUUUCGACAUCUACAAUACCAACAACAAUUUUACAAACAACCAUUAUACCAAAAAUUUGCACAAGUAUCCUAUGUUAAUUUCAAACCAUUAGGAAUAUGUGUAAAACGUUUGAUGAUGAUCAGUUAAGCAAUUAAGCAUAACAAAUUUACAUUCACAUUUAUAAAAUACCAGGCUGUCUGCAGUAUACAUUAAUAUUUUUAAACAGAGUGCGCCAAACCCUACUAUGAUCUCCUAUACAAUAUACAAAUUUUGUAGGGGAAGGUGGGGAAUGUUGGGCAGUUGGGGAAGCGCGAUAUUUUUUUCCCUAGUAUAGGUUGACAGCUGCAACCAACUGUCAUCGGCUCGUCUCAUACUAAGCUCAGUUUCUAUAUAGCACUCGAGCUGUGAACACGUGUUAUAACCUCCCUGCGACAACAAAAAGAAAUUCGACACUACGAAAGUUUUUUUUCAACUCUGUGUACAGUUGAUUUUUUUCACAUUUUCUAAUAAAUUCAUCCAGGUAAAUAUGUUUAUAAUAUUAGUUGAGCCUUUAGCCUUCGACACACAAAAGAAAUUUUGCAUGAAUUUACAUUGUGUUCAUUAUCCACCGCCAUUUUGCAAAUAUGAGCGUUUGGGGAAUUACGGGGAAUGUCGGGCCACAUAGUUUUUUACAUUUGACAUGCUAACUUCAUAUAUUUGACGUGUAUAAGUGAUUUUUCGUGCAGAAUUUCAACAACACAAUAGUUUUUCAACAUUUCCUGAUAGUUUCGUGCUCCGAAAAAUUUUUUUUAGUCAUUAUGCCGCGGUACUAUCCCAAACAAGAGAAAAUUUUUGAUUUCGACAACAUUUUGGAGGCAAUCAAGUCGGUGAAAAUACAUCACAACAGCGUUCGACAAUCUGCGACGGCACACAAAAUUCCGAGGACCAACCUGAUGCGUUAUAUUGCAGCAUUUGAUGGUGCGAGCAUCGACGUUACUACUGCCAAUGCCGAUGUAAUGAAGAAUUUGCUGGCUGAAAGCACGACGAUGGGCACAAAAACAAUCUUCAACAUCGAACAAGAGAAGGCGCUGAUAAGCUACAUUCUCCAGGCCAGCGACAUCAACUAUGGAAUUAGUUUGAUGGAGCUUCGUAAGCUCGCGUAUGAAUUUGCUCGGAAAGUUGGCGCGUCCGGAUCCAUGGAACGACAAUCAACAGGCGAGUAAGGAUUGGUAGUUGGCGUUCAUGAAACGCCACAAAAAUUUGUCACUGCGAACACCAGAGCAAGUAAGCCAGAGCCGUGCGAAGCGAUUCAACAAAGAGAAUGUCGAUGCAUUCUUUGCCAACCUUUCUCGGUAAGACGCCGUUUGAACCUCACCGAAUAUGGAACAUGGAUGAAACCGGGUGCCCGACCGUGCCAACCAGACCUGUCAAAACCAUCGCGCGCAAAGGACAAAAGCAGGUCGGCUCUUCAAUAUCUGCCGAAAAAGGCACCAAUGUGUCUUUGGCUUUGGCCGUCAGCGCUAGUGGCCAGUCUAUACCGCCAUUCUUCCUCUUUCGCCGAGUCAACAUGAAAGAGAUUUUUAUGACUCAUGCGAGUCAUGGCGCUGUUGGUGUUGCGAACGGUUCUGGUUACAUGAACUCUGACGUAUUCCCUUAAUUCAUGCGUCAUUUCAUCAAGCACACCGGUGCUAAUGCCGAUUCGCCAACCAUGUUGCUGCUGGACAACCACGGUUCGCAUUUAUCGAUCGAGGCGAUAGAUUUGGCGUUGGAUCAUGGCAUCACGUUGCUGUCUUUUCCGCCGAAAUGCACGCACAAAAUGCAGCCGCUAGAUGUUGCGGUAUUUGCACCAUUUAAAGGUAUGAUGACCGUGAAGCAUGAUGCAUGGAAAAAGUCCAACAUUGGUGUCACUUUCGAUCUGCACCAUGUGCCGCUCCUUGUCAAUCAGUGCCUCGAUGUUAUGUUAACGCCGAAAACCAUCAAAUCCGGCUUCCGAACAACUGGUAUCUACCCGUUCAAGACGCAAAUUUUCACUGAAGUUGACUUUGUCGCUUCGGAACUGAGCGGCGAAAAUUUGUUCGGUGACGAAGAGAAAGACGCCGACAAUCAACGUCGAGUUCUUG